GGUAUAUUAAAAAUGGAUAAAGAGCAGAGUGAUGCGAAUGGAGGCCAGGCCAAGUCACUAAUUUUAACUGAAGAAAUCCCCAAAUAUGGAAGAGUCUCUAUGCUCUUCUACAUUCCGGAGUCUGUGAAGGACAGAGACACAAUGGUCGAGCUUAUCAGAGAAAAUGGAGGCAAUAUUGUCAAGUAUCAUGAGUGUUUUUGCUACCAGAUCGGCACACCUGGGAAUACCAAAGAAUCUGACUACUAUGAAGGCACUGUCUAUUCCUUCCAGUGGCUCGUAGAGUCAAUUGAAGCUAAUCAGUUGCAGGACAAAGCCAAAUAUAUUUUGUGUAGCUAUCAAGGAGGAAUAAAAUUUCCAUUUGACAAGAAGAAGAUACAGUACACCAUCAGAGAGAUUAUUAUCAUCUUCAAUUGGAUCUCUGGGAGGAAGUCUCAAGCCUCUAGGAAAACCUGGGAGAGCUUGGGCAACGAUGGCAUCCUCUAUUGCAGAUCUAAGGAAUCUCUCAAGAAUUUUUGGAAGAAUUGGCGGAAACAUUCACUGGAAGCCUGCAUCGAAGAGAUGCUUACAAAGAACACAAAGUACUGCCACAAUUACCCUCUUCCCGUCUUGCCUCACCAGGGCUUACCUGAAACAGAUAGGAAGAAGCUAAAGCGCUCUAAAGAGGAAGUUGAAAAGAUUGAUGAAGACUCUAAAGAGAAAAAUUCGGAUCCAGAUGAGAGCGACCCCAUCCUACACGCUAUCCAAAAGAAAAGGAAGCUCAAAAAGAAGAACAGUGAGGUUGUGAAAACCGGUGAUUCGGACAGAGUAAACACCACCGAGAAUAAAACACAGAAAGUCGAAGAAAUAAAACAUGUGGAAGGGGUCAUCGACGAUGAAUCAGACGAACCAGACGAACCAGACGAACCAGACGAACCAGAUCUACUCGACGAGGAAAAGGAGCAAUCUGAGCAGAUGGAGGAGAAAGAAGAACCCGAAAAGGAUCCUAAUGUUGACGAGAAGGAAAAGCAUCCAGAAGACGAUACUACUAAGGAGGAAAAGAAGGAUGCUGAUCCUGACCCUGACCAUGAGAAGCAAGAAGAUAUUGCUCUUGAUAACAAUAGUGCUAAUGGGAUAAAGGAAGGAUCUCACGCAUCAUCUGAUCUGGGCUUCCCGGCUUUCGAAGACGGAUCUGAUGAUGGGGGAGAUAUCUAACUAUUACUAAUUAAGCAAACAUUUUAAUUUAACUUUCUGUUGGUAUGGCCAUACCACCCAAUUAGAAAGACCCAUGCCUGGAAAUGAACCAUAAAGAAUUGGUUUAGGUUCAGGCUGAUAUAAUUUUAGUUAUUUAAACUUGAAAAAGUGAACCAUCGGUUAAAUUUGAAGACCUAACUUUCUUUGCAGUACUUGUUUCUGGCACAAAUGAAGUAUCUACACUUGGGUCUACUCAUGGUACUAAGCUGUAUCUUUGCAGGCACCCAUUCUUGGUACAUAUCUUACUUUUUGUGGAGAGUAAGUUGAAUUAUAGUUGUAAGAAACUCAAAGUUCAGCGUGCUCGAGGGCUCAUAUCGUUUCGUUUUAA